AGACUGACCCCACCCAUCCCCCAGGACAUCUGGGGCGCACCAGUGCUGGACCGUCUCUGGUGAAAGAAGCUUUGGGAUUGCAUCAGGGAGGCCGGCAGUUGAGCCCAGCACCUGAGUGCUGAGCAGGGAGUGCUGAGGCCUUAGUAUCUUGUCAGCUGGGGAUUCCACCGGAGACACAGACUUUCACUUUGCCUGAGCCCGGGUCUGAACCUGCAUCUGCUUUGCUGGGGCAUCCAAGUCAGAAGCCAGUUCCAGACGACCGCUCUCAGACGCUCGCUUGCCGGGGGCUCUUCAUAGAGAAGUGCAUUAUUGAUGGACUGGAUGAAAUCUAGAGUUGGGGUCCUGGGACUGCCGGUCCCUCUGCUGGCUGUCUUCCUCCUGGGGGUCUGCCAGGCACACCCUAUCCCUGACUCCAGCCCCCUCCUCCAGUUUGGGGGUCAAGUCCGGCAGAGGCACCUCUACACAGAUGACGACCAGGACACUGAAGCCCACCUGGCGAUCAGGGAGGAUGGCACAGUGGUAGGCGCCACACACCGCAGCCCAGAAAGUCUCCUGGAACUCAAAGCCUUGAAGCCAGGGGUGAUCCAAAUACUGGGUAUCAAGGCUUCUAGGUUUCUUUGCCAACAGCCCGAUGGAACCCUGUACGGAUCGCCCCUCUUUGAUCCGGAGGCCUGCAGCUUCAGGGAGCUGCUCCUUGAGGAUGGAUACAACGUGUACCAGUCCGAAGCCCACGGCCUGCCCCUGCGCCUGCCCCAGAGGGACUCUUCAAACCAGGACCCAGCAUCCUGGGGACCCGUGCGCUUCCUGCCCGUGCCAGGCCUGUUUCACCAGCCCCAGGAACUUCCAGGGUUCCCGGCGCCAGAGCCCCCCGAUGUGGGCUCCUCUGAUCCCCUGAGCAUGAUGGGACCUCUGCAGGGCCGGAGCCCCAGCUUUGCUGCCUGAGCCUUCCUGAUUCUGGGGAUGCGUCAUUUUGGGUUUCUUCUUAUUUAUUAUGGGUAUUUAUCUUAUUUAUUUAUUUUAAAUUUUUUCUUACUUGGGAUAAUAAACAAAGAGUCUGAAAGAAAA